AUUUUGACUUGUGUUUGUGUGAAAAGAUUAGAAUUUUUGAUUACUUUACCUAAAACUUUAAUUUCCUGUACUUAAUUAAAUCUGUGUUAUUUUAAAAUGAAAAAGGACCUUUUUGCUAACAAAGAAGCUUUUAUAAUUUUUAAUUUAUACAUAAUAUUAUUUGUCUUUCAAGGUGUAUUUGUUACUGCAUCUAAAACAGAAAAUGGUGGAUAUGACUACAACACUACUCUUGUGGUGUUUCUUUCGGAAUUGCUCAAGCUUAUCUUGUCUGCCAUAUUAUACACAAUUAAGAAAGAAAACAAACCACAUGUUCUUAAAGCCAUAGUAAUAAAUUACAAACUCCUCCUACUUUACUUUGUGCCGUCAUUACUAUAUUGCUUCUACAAUAAUUUGGCAUUUAUUAAUCUGUCGCAUUAUGAUCCCACUUCAUACUAUGUUUUGCUACAGUUUAGAGUGGUUCUUACUGCCAUAUUAUUUCAGUACCUCUUCAAGAAAAAGUUGUCAUUCAUCCAAUGGAUAUCGCUGGCGAUUCUCACAACAGGAUGCAUAAUCAAAAACUUUGAUGCAGCUAGAACUACCGUGUCAUCAGACAGCGACUCGAACGCAUGGUCACAAAUAUUUAAUAUAUAUUUCCUUUCCAUAAAUUUUCAAAAUUUUUGCUCUUGCUUAGCGGGUACGUAUAAUGAGUAUUUAUUAAAAUCGCAAGGUGCUACUGUAGAUAUAUUUCUACAGAAUGUCUUCAUGUACCUAGAUUCUAUAAUAUGUAACUUUUUUAUAUUAAUGUUCAAAGGGGAACUUUCCACUGUAGUAGAGGAUUUCCAAUCAUUAGGUGAUAUAUUUGUAAUACUUAUUACAAUUAAUAGUGCGAUAGUCGGUAUCGUCACAAGUUUCUUUUUAAAAAAUCUUAAUUCAAUUCUAAAAACUUACGCAAGUGCUUUAGAGUUGAUAAUUACAGCUGUAGUAUGUUAUAUGUUAUUCAAUAUUUACAUUACACGCUACACAAUAGUGUCAAUUGGUCUAGUCAGUAUAGCGGUAGCAAUGUAUUUCAAAAAUCCUGUGAAUAACACUACACCAACAAAAUCUUCGACUCAAGAUAAGGUUCCGCUUUUAGAAGUUACUUCAAAAUAAUUAAUAAGCGUAGAUUUUUAGAACUGAUUACAGAUGUUUUUUUAGAAUACACAAAGUAAAGGACUGAUUUGUGUGAUAUGUUAUGUGAUUAGUUAAAAUAAGCUGAAAAUAUUUUGAAACAUACACUUUUUGACUCGGUGCCGUUGUUUUCCAUCUGGCAGAUUGGCGUGUACAUAGGAAACAUCCAAGGUCAUACAUAGCACAUAACGGCUAGCCGCAAUAUGAUCGAGCGGGUGCAUAACCGAUGCUUGACAGUUUUAAUACCUACCAAUUUAUAGUGUCAAGUACACAUAUUUUAAAGUUUUACUUAUGUAGUGGUGCUAAAGAAAUUACUUCCUAGCAAAGUAUCAAUUUACUUAUUGAAAUUUUAUGAUUUAUCCAACGAUAUUUAAUACCCUGGAUACAACAACCUCGAACAAAAUCGUGGCCGAAACGUGUCCAAAAGGUACAUUGGACGAUGAUCAUCUUACGGAGCUCCGUAAGAUGUUCGCGUGGUCAAACGAAAAGGUAAAUUUAUAAUACCCAAAAUACCCGACUGCUUAAAUAUUACUUCAAAUAAAAACUGAAAAGAAAUAAACAAGUCCAGUAGUCUAUAAUUCUGUUGAGUAAGAAACAAAGCUACUUUGACAGUCGAGAUCCAUUAGAUAUUCAAGAAUGGAUCAAAAUUUUCAAUAAUGGGUAACACUUUACAUGUAACCUGGUGAUGGGUUUUUUGCAUCGUCUUCCCUAUCAUGUGGGAUACCGUUGAAUUGAAAAAGGGUUCCUUAGACUAUUUUUUGAUUUAGGGAUCCGUUUGCGAAAUGUUGAACUUUAAUGUGCCAAUUUUUAUUAGAGAAGGUCCCGCCCCCCCCCCCCCCCUAAAAGUUAAACUAUUAGCUUGAAAAUCCUGAAAAAGUUAAUGAUAAU